CAGAGGGGUCCUUCCGCUCUUCUGUGAGCACGUGCCCCGCAGGAGCAGCAGCAGACGCCGCCGCAGCAGAUCUCCGUUAACGCCGCCGCGAUGAUGGGCGGCAAACCGAGCGCGAUCGCCGCGGGUGUGUGCGGCGCGGUCUUCAUCGGGUACUGUAUCUAUUUCGACAGAAAACGACGCAGCGAUCCGAACUUCAAAACCAGACUGCGUGAACGGAGGAUGAAGCAGAGAGCUGCUCAAAAUAAAUCUGGACUUGCUCAACUGCCAGAUCUUAAAGAUGCCGCAGCCGUGCAGAAAUUUUUCCUGGAUGAGAUUCAGCUGGGCGAGGAGCUGCUGGCCCAGGGAGACUACGAGAAGGGUGUUGAUCACCUGACCAACGCCAUCGCCGUCUGCGGCCAACCGCAGCAGCUCCUGCAGGUGCUUCAGCAGACUCUGCCACCGCCCGUCUUCCAGAUGCUGCUCACCAAACUACCAACAAUCAGUCAGCGGAUAGUGAGUUCUCAGAGCCUGGAGGAAGAUGACGUGGAGUGAAUGUGACGUUUGUGUGUGUGUGAUGAUCCACUUGCUGAUCUUCAUUUCUCUCUGGUCUUUUAUUUAUGGUGUUCAUUCCUGGGUUGCAAGGUCAUCCUGAUCACUGCACUCUCUUGUCUGUUUAUAGUUUGCAAUAUCAUAGUUCAAAUAAAGAGGUGUUAUAUUUUUAUUCCAGACAUGAUUUCUUGUAACAUAAUCACAGAUUUUUGGAAUGCAAACAAAAGCGUCAAAUUAAGAGGUUAAUGUUUUACUGAUGAAGUGAGUUAUGACGGUCAUCACUUCAUAUGUUACGCAAAGCAGUUCCUUUAAUGUGUCAUUUUUGGAUAUUUGUCACAUUCAGUGGUUGAUUGAGUGUUAGGAUGGCUGAUUUAUUUGUGUUGUAAUCAGGUUUUUGUUUAUGAAUCGUUUUGAGUAUGGAAGUGUUUUGGGCACAGUUGUAAUUUGUAUGCACUGAUCUUUAAAAAAUAAUUUCCUUUUUUGUAUUCAUUAAAUACUUUAAUCAAGAA